AGACAAAUUAAACCCGUAAUUCUCUCCAUUUUUAUUUUCUCACACUAAAUCACAGCCGUCCGAUCAUUUUUCAUCCUUUCUUGAUACACUUUUUCUGCAAUUGUGAAAAAUAUAAAAACGGCCUUUUGUCGUCGCAUAUAAACCCCUUUUUUUAGCGACGCAAUUAGCUGUUUUCUUUCUCUCUGUCCUCUUUUUGCGGCUUUUGGUGUCCUGAAAAGUCCAGAUUCCGGUGCUGUUCUUCCGGCUGGACACUUUACUAUUGUUAAGAUGGUUUUACUGGUGAUGUAGUAGUAUACAAGAAAAGCGCCUCAGUGCUUUCUUCUAGUGGUGGGCAGUGGAUCUAUUGUUCUUUAAAAAUGGGUUGCUUUCAUUCUACUGCAAGUAGGCAAUAUCCUGGACAUGAAGACCCGGUUUUCCUUGCUUCUCAAACUGCUUUUAGUGUUAGCGAAGUCGAAGCGUUGUUCGAGCUGUUUAAGAGCAUAAGCAGUUCUGUGAUUGAUGAUGGCCUUAUAAGCAAGGAGGAAUUUCAGUUAGCUUUAUUCAAAAACAAGAAGAAAGAGAAUCUAUUUGCUAAUCGGAUCUUCGAUUUGUUUGAUGUUAAACGGAAAGGAGUAGUUGACUUCGGUGAUUUCGUGAGAGUGUUGAAUGUCUUCCAUCCUAAUGCCUCUCAAGAAGAUAAGAUAGACUUCACCUUUAAACUUUAUGACCUGGAUGGCACAGGAUAUAUUGAGCGCCAUGAGGUGAGACAAAUGUUGAUUGCGAUUCUAUGUGAAUCUGAACUGAAGUUGUCAGAUGAAAUGAUUGAAGGGAUACUUGAUAAGACAUUCAAAGAAGCCGAUGUAGAUCAAGACGGAAAGAUAUGUAGAUCCGAGUGGCAUCAAUUCGUAUCCAAAAAUCCUCAAUUGUUGAAAAUCAUGACUCUCCAAUAUCUCAGGGAUAUCACAACGACGUUUCCUAGUUUCGUUUUCCAUUCAGAAGUCGAUGAAAUUGCCACCUAAGCUGAUAAAUCCUGCUUGCAGUCCCGUUAAAUUUGAUUCCCGGGGCAGAUUCUGCACAUAUAGCUAGAUUCCCCUUAAAUUUUUUGUUGCCCUUUAUUAUAAACCAUUGUUGUCCCAACCACUAUAGAAGAGUUGAGGUGUGCUAAAGGUAGCCUUUGCAUAUGGUUUUUGUGUCUUAAACUCGAGAUAUAUGCAGUAUCACACAUGGUGAUGGUGUGCUCUGGUUUUAUUUAAACUUGUAGUUUGUUAGAUUUAGAAGAUGAACAUCUACCUCAAAAAGGAAAAAAAAGGUACUUGUAUUCAUUCAUUCAAAAGCAAAACAGUUUUUUCCUACUAUUAUCCCUUUGUAAAUUAUUUGUGGUUGUGCUGAAGUUGGGAUUGGUAGCAACAAACAUGCCAUAUGCAGAUAUGCUUAAUGAGAUUAAUACAUCAUUGUCGAUUAUUAGCUGGAA